GCUGCUGCUGUCUGCCUUCGUUUACACCACUGCUACAUCAGAGGUAUGACUACUAUCUAACACACCUGCUGGAGAUCUCUGUCCCCCUGGACAAACACAUGGACACAGACACAUCUGGACAGCAUGGGCUCCAGACUGAAGCAAAACCCUGAGCGAACCUUCUACUGGUUCUUUGAAGCAACCUGCCCUGUAGCCAGAGACAAAGAUCCUGGUGUACUGUUUCAGUUUCCAGAGGACUUCAAUGAUGAGGAGUCUUGUCAGACAUUACCCAGGUUCUGCUUCCCGUAUGACGUACAAAGAGUGAGGGAUGGAGUGGCCGUGCAGCACUUUACUUUUGUUUUGACUGACCUUGAGGGAUGCCAGCGGUUUGGUUUCUGUCGUCUCACCAACAGCACACGUACCUGCCUUUGCAUACUCAGUUAUCUUCCAUGGUUUGAAGUGUUUUACAAACUUCUCAACAACUUGGCCGAUUACCUCACAAAAGGACAGACCAAUGAGAUGAAAGUGCUGCUGGCUGCGCUCUAUAAGCAGCCCAUACCACUGGCGGCUGGAUCUGUCACUCUGCAGAUGGGAGCGCAGCUAUUGGUCAGCACAGAAGUGUCCCAUCCUGUUGGACACUCAGAGGGAGAAGACGGGGUUCCAUACUUCAUCGCUCCAGAUCCCAGAAGUCUCCCUUCCAUCCCUGAAAAUAGGAACUUGACAGAGCUGAUUGUGGCAGUAGAUGUGGGGAACCUGCUGCAGCUCUAUGCCAGCAUGCUGUUUGAGAGACGCAUCCUCAUCUUUGCCAGCAAACUCAGCACUCUGACGUCUUGCGUGUAUGCACUCAGUGCUGUGUUAUACCCCAUGUACUGGCAACACAUCUUCAUCCCUGUCCUGCCACCCCACCUACUGGACUACUGCUGUGCACCUAUGCCAUACCUCAUUGGAGUUCACACCAGUCUAUCUGAGCGGGUGAGGAGUCGUGGGUUGGAGGAAGUAGUGAUUCUAAAUGUGGACACAAACACUCUCGAAACCCCCUUUGACGACCUUAAAAGGAUACCUUCAGAUGUGAUGGCCGGGCUGAAGGCGUGUUUGAAGCGUCAGGCGGUAUCUCCUGGCUGUGGUGUCUCAAGGGCCUUCCUCAAAGCUCAGGCUCUGCUGUUUGGAGGCUACAGGGAUGCGCUGCAGGGUCACGAGGAGGGUGAAAUGUGGUUCAGUGAGGAGCUGUUUCUAGAUCACAAGUCUUCCAGUAUGAGGCAGUUCCUACAGAGUGCCAUUCAUUUACAGUGCUUCAAACAGAGCCCAGCUAUUAAUCCAUAG